GAUAGAGAAUCAGUCAUACUAAACUUUAAUCUAAUUGGUAGGAGCCUGGCAGUGGAAUAUGGGGACCAGCGUUUUCUAGAACUUCUGAAUAGCAUUUUUCAUACUUCUUUUUCUUUCCUGGUGACAUCCCUUCUUAUCGCUGUUUAGGAAAAAGGGGCCCAGCCAAAACAAAAACAAAAAAAUAAAAGAAAAUUGCACUGCAGAUAUUUUUGUUUAACAAUAUAUAGUUACCAUUAGCAAUAAUAUAUAGUGCAAAAUUUGAAAUCGGUGUCCUUCGUCUCUAUAUAAAAACCAUCAAAAUGAGGUCUUGGUCUUUUUUUUUUUUUUUGUUCCUUUUUUGGUUUUUUCUUAACAACUUGAGUUUUGUAAGGAUGUGCAUGAUUGAUUAUUCUCACAGCUUUAUUCCAUCUAAGAUGCCCAUUACUCUCAUUCCUCCUAAAGAAGCUGUCACACCCACCAAUUUCCAUGGAAAGGCUUCAACCUCUCAUUUUAUUUCUCAUCAAUUUCAUUCAACUCUGUUCGCUUGUGUCUCCCUCCUCAGGUUACACUCUUCCUGAUAAGUACUUCCUUAACUGUGGAUCAGAGUCUGAGGCCAGCCUUGAACCGGAAAGGUCGUUUGUCGGUGACCUCCCAUACUUAGUUGGUCCAAGCAAAGCUGUUAAAGACAGCAGUUUAUCAGCAAGCUCAUCACUGUAUCAAACUGCCAGAGUUUUUCAAAAAGAAUCGCCUUCUUAUCAGUUUCAAAUUGACAAGCAAGGCACAUACAUAAUACGACUCCAUUUCUUUGUUUUCCCAUCGCCAGAUGCUAAUCUUGCCGAUGCUUUAUUCACUGUCCAGGCUGCUGGGUUUCGAUUAUUAUUUGAUUUUAGCAUCUCUGAUAGGAAUUCACCUGUGAUUAAGGAAUUCUUGUUCACCAUCAAUAUAGGAAAAUUCUUUAUAGACUUCAUACCUUCACGCAAAACAUCAUUGGCUUUUGUGAAUGCUAUAGAAGUCUUUGCUGCCCCUGAAAGUUUCAUUCCUGAUGAUACAACUCAUGUUACUACUGCAGGAAGCAACGGCAAUUACAACAAGCUGCUCUCUCAGGCUUUGCACAGUAUCCACAGGAUUAACGUUGGAGGUUCUAUAAUUACAGCUACGAAUGAUAGCUUGUGGCGAAAUUGGAUGCCAGACGAUCAAUUCUUGUCUGACCCUGAAACUGCAAAAGACUGUUCACCCUAUGAAGGAAUUCUGAUGCGUACGCGGACAUCUGUUUUUAUAGCUCCAGAUCAUGUAUAUAAAACUGCAAAAGAGUUGAAGCAGUCGAAUAUUUCCAUGAUAACAUGGAGUUUCAAGACAAGGAAGAAUUCUAGGCACCUCGUUCGUGUACACUUUUGUGACAUCACUGGUGCAUCACUUGGUAUGCUCAAGUUCAGUUUUCAUAUUUAUAAAGAGCUUAGUAAGAAUAUCAGUCAGUACGACAUAAUUCCGCAAAAUGCAGCUCCGUUUUACUUUGAUUUUGUUGUUGACACUGAUAACUCUGGAAUGAUAAAUAUAACUGUCCACCAAAACAAUGAUUCUGCAAUUAAAAAUGCCUUUUUGAAUGGGCUGGAGAUUAUGGAAAUAAUGGAGAAAUCAGUGUCAAUACUAGUGCAACACAAAACAAAGAAGAAAAGUUGGCCUUUAGCGGUUGGUUCACUUGCCGCCGGGCUACUUCUUCUGAUUGGAAUGCUAGGUUUAUUGAUGAUUCUGAAAUCUCGGAGAGGGAAGGCUAAUCGAACUUCAGGAAGGCAACUUUCUGUGCAUCUUUAUGGAGGAAGUUCUCACAACUGGUCAGCUGAAAGAAAUGCAAAUAUGUUUCUUGCUCCUGACUUGAACUUGGCGCUAAAGACACCAUAUAUUGAAAUACAGCAAGCAACAAAGAGCUUCAGUUCAAAAUUAUUGAUUGGUGAGGGUGGAUUUGGGAAAGUAUAUAAAGGAACUUUUCGCGGAGGUGUAAAAGUAGCAGUUAAAAGAAGUGAACCAGGACAUGGGCAGGGUAUUCUGGAGUUCCAAACUGAGAUCAUGGUCUUAUCCCAAAUUCGUCAUCGACAUCUUGUUUCCUUGAUUGGAUAUUGUGCUGAGCGGUCUGAGAUGAUAUUGGUUUAUGAAUUUAUGGAGAAGGGGACCUUAAGAGAUCAUCUUUACAUGUCAGAUAGCAAUUCUCAGAAAUAUACUUCAAGAUCCGAACUGUCUUGGGAGCAAAGGCUUAAGAUUUGCAUUGAUUCUGCAAAAGGACUUCAUUAUCUGCACACUGGCUUGGCAAGGAGAAUCAUCCACCGUGAUGUUAAGUCGACAAAUAUCUUGCUUAACGAAGACUACAUAGCAAAAGUCGCUGAUUUUGGUCUCUCCAAGUCAGGUGCUGUCGACCCUGACGAAAACACAGGUGUAAAAGGUAGCUUCGGCUAUCUUGAUCCAGAAUAUCUUAUGACUCUACAAUUGACAGAAAAAUCUGAUGUGUACUCUUUUGGAGUAGUACUUCUGGAGGUGCUUUGUGCAAGACCUGCUAUUAUCACUUCCGAUCAAGAACAGGAGGUGAACUUAGCAGAAUGGGGAUUGCUUUGGCAAAAGAAACGUCAGCUUGACAGGAUCAUUGAUCCUUUUUUAAUGGGUACCAUUAACUCUGAUUCAUUGCGAAAAUUUGGCGAAACAGCUGAGAAGUGUUUAAGGACAAAUAGCUCGGAGAGGCCUAUGAUGAAUGAUGUUCUAUAUGACUUGGAAUACGCAUUGCGACUUCAACAAACUUCAAUGCAUAGAGAGCUGGUUGAGGACAGCAUGAACAAUGCUCCCCUGGAAAUGCCAUUGCAAGCUCUUCACCGCCUUCCAUCUCGUAAAGGUCCGGGUGAAGAUGAUGGUUCGUAUUCAGGAGGUGAUGAUGCCACAUUUUCCAUGGCUAAUAGUGUGUACUCGCAAAUGAGGAUUGAUGGUGGCAGACUCAAGAGAGUAAUUCUCAGCAUUCAAAUGGAAAAACUCCCAACUUCUUUCUCUGUUUUUCUCUUUCUUUUCCACUUUUUUUCACUUGAGCUUUCCUCCUCUGCUUACACUCUUCCAGAAGAGUAUUUCAUCAACUGCGGUUCAGACACCAAUAUAUCCUCUCCUCGUCGGAACUUUACCGGAGACUCAGAUUCCAAGAGUUCUCUUUCCUUCACUUUAACAGGAAAGAGUAGCCCUGUUAAAGAUAGAAACAAGUCGACAGAAACACCUACUCUUUAUCAAACAGCUAGACUUUUCAAAGAAAAAUUUUCUUAUGAGUUCAAAAUCAGUACCUCCGGUACUUAUUUGGUACGUUUUCACUUCUUUGCUUUCACUUCCUCAGCUGAAAACGAUGAUCUUUCAUUCGCUGUUUUCGAUGUUUCCAUUUCUGGGUUCUCAUUGUUGAGUAAUUUUACUAUGAGCCAUACCCUUUCAAUAAAGGAAUUCUUUGUUAGUGUUAAUAUAGGAAAAUUCGUUAUACAGUUCUUGCCUCAAGGGUCAUCUUUUGCAUUUGUUAACGCUAUAGAAGUGUUUCUUGCUCCUGAUGAUUUUAUUCCUGAUGAUGCUCUACAUGUUAGUCCUGCUAGAAGUAGUAGAAAUUUUAAGGGCAUACUAUCUAAGCCUUUACAAACAAUUCAAAGGGUCAAUGUCGGCGGCCUUACGCUUACUCCAGAUAAUGACACACUAUGGAGAAAUUGGGUUCCUGAUGAUAGUUAUCUUUACAAGCCAGACGCUGCCAAGAACAGCAUUUUUCAUGGAGAGAAGCCUAAUUACCCAGAUGGAAUUAAUGAAUAUUUUGCGCCAGAUCUUGUUUAUCAGACAGCGAAGGAGUUGAAUAUUAACAGUAGUUCUCCAUCAGUAAAUUUCAACAUAACUUGGAUUUUCAAUGUUAGUAAGAAUGCUAAACAUUUUGUUCGUGUUCAUUUCUGCGAUAUUGUUAGUCCAUCGCUUGGUGAUUUCGUAUUCAAUCUCUAUAUCUAUAGCAAUUAUAGCCUUGAAAUUGAUCCCUAUCGAAUAAUUGAUCAGUUGGCUGCUCCUUUCUUUAUUGAUUUUGUGGUGGAUUCUGAUGGUUCUGGACUUAUGAAUAUUAGCAUAGGACCUAGCAGACUUAGUGACGAGAAAACUGCCUUUCUGAAUGGACUGGAGAUAAUGGAGAUGGUGGGAGAAUCAGGUUUGGUAUUAACAACACACGGGGACAAGAAGAUUCCGAUCUCUGUUGUUGUUGGUUCAGUUCUUGGAGGUUUGGCUCUCACCUGCAUUUUGAAAGUAGCUAUAUUCUUGUGUUUAAGACGCAGAAAAUCAAAAACAGUUGAAAAUUUGGAACGGUCAACUGCCCCAAUUUAUAGAGCAGGGAGUUCUCAUAAUAGGAUGAUGCUUCAGGGAACCGUCGUCUCCCGUGUGCCUGGCUCAAACCUUGGGUUAAAGAUAUCUUUGGCUGAGAUUUUGUUAGCAACGAACAACUUUGAUCCAAAAAUGAUUGUCGGUAAGGGUGGAUUUGGACAUGUCUACAGAGGAAAUCUGAGGAAUGGCAUAAAGGUUGCUAUUAAGAGAAGUGAACCAGCAUCAGGCCAAGGCCUACCAGAAUUCCAAACUGAGAUAAUGGUUUUAUCCAAGAUUUUUCAUCGACAUCUUGUAUCUUUGAUUGGAUAUUGUGAUGAAAUGUCUGAAAUGAUACUCGUCUAUGAAUUCAUGGAAAAGGGGACAUUGAGGGAUCACUUGUAUAAUUCAUCUCUACCUCCAUUUCCCUGGAGGCAAAGGCUUGAAAUUUGCAUUGGUGCAGCAAAGGGGCUACACUAUCUUCAUAGAGGCAGUCCAGGGGGAUUUAUUCACAGAGAUGUUAAGUCCACCAACAUCUUGCUUGAUGAGGACCUUGUUGCUAAAGUUGCUGAUUUUGGCCUUUCAAGAUUAGGUCCACCUGAUCAAACCCAUGUCAGCACAGGUGUUAAAGGAACCUUUGGUUACCUCGAUCCUGAUUACUUCAGGACCCAACAAUUGACAGAAAAAUCCGAUGUGUACUCAUUUGGUGUAGUUCUUCUUGAAGUUCUUUGUGCAAGACCAGCUAUCGAUGUCUCGCUUCCAAUGGAACAAGUAAAUCUUGCAGAGUGGGGACUGAUUUGCAAGAACAAAGGGACACUUGAACAGAUUGUGGACCCUGCAAUAAAGGAGCAGAUUAAUCCCAACUCUUUAAGAAAAUUCGCUGAGAUAGCAGAGAGAUGUCUGCAAGAAUAUGGUGCUGAUAGGCCUUCUAUGGGAGAUGUUCAGUGGGAUUUGGAGUAUGCAUUGCAACUGCAACAAACAGCGAUACGGAGAGAACCCCAUGAGUACAGCGCCACCGAUGCUUCAGCCAUGUUAGUUUUGCCUAAUUUUCAACGUUUUCCCUCUCUCAGCAUGUCAAUUGAAAAGGAUGAUAUGCCCAUCUUGAGAGAGCACAGUUCGAACAUGUGGGCAGAUGAGGUUUUCUCUCAACUGAGAAUAGAUGAUGCCAGAUAAUCUAUUUCUUAAGAAGCUUCUCUUCAUAAUCUGCACAUUUUCCUAUUCCUGAUUUAUGCUUUUUUAAUUUUCUUUUUGACACACAUCUUAUUUUAGAUUAAGACUACAGUAGUGCUUGUAAUAAUAGAAUUGUAGUAUAAGCGAGAAGUUUUAUCAUCUCUGCUUGCCUUUAAACAAUUUUUCUGCUUGGGAAUCAGAGCUGCAAAGCUCCUGACAAUGAAAAGGUUCUUUCUUGAUAAAAGAUGAAGUAAUUGAAAGAAUAAAGAACAUAUUUAAGAUUGAUAA